AUGGCUCUCUCACCUCCUCCGCUAGCGCAGAAGGAAGUGGUACCACGCUAUGAGGAGAGGCUUCUGAUUGUAACUGGGCCCCAGUCUGGUUUUCCCAGUGAUUUUGGAAAGUCCCAAACUGUGGAGCCAGACAGGGUCUAUCUUGGACUCACAGAAGGACAAGUAAAGAUAGAAGAGGAAGAAGCACACCUUCUUCGAGCAGUUAACCGCGGACCGUCUACUCAUAAGCUGUCUAUUCCUGCGCCCAAAGUUACCCGUAUUCCUGCCUAUUCAUGCUUCGGAUUCAAGCCGGGGGUAAGCUACCGCGUUGCUACGGCAAUCAAUUCGUCAAGGAACAUACUAAGGGAUUUGGAUGAUGCAGAUCUAUGCUUUAGUGAUGGGAUAGUUCGUGUCAUCGAAGCAGAGGCUUCUGCCAGUAAACCAUCGCACAAGGGGACACAGAGGUGUGCGCUCGAACUAUCAGAAAAACAAGAGGUUAGAGGGUCUAGAUUUCCUGACAUCCACGUGUCCUUGCCUACUGACUCCAUAUACUCUGAGGACGUUUUGGAGUGGAUUCUGACUGUAUUGGAUAUAUUUUUCCCUGCGAAGAUUCGUCAGAUUUUUAUAACCGAAAGAAAUAUUUAUGAAGCUUACAUUGCGUGUAGAUUAGUCGUCCUGGAUUCUUUUGAAUUGGAAAAUACUAUUGUAAGGCCUCCAGAUUGCUUUAUUCCUCGGAUGCCCACAGAUUACAUCAAAAGGAUUGCAGCAGAACAGCAUAAGAUGGACCAGUCUUCGGACCUAGAUGUGGGAACUAAGGGGACAUCCAAGCGCAAGGUCGUCGUCAACGAGCAGCUAGAGAAGAUUGCUUCCCAAGUCCCAUUCAUUUCUCGCAGUCUAUUUGCUAGCAUCUUUUCCUAUUUUGUUAACAAACGAAAAGGAACACCCCUUAUGCCCUGCAUGCGUGACCGCCCAUAUCGAGAUUGGGUGUCUUCACAAGCCAAUCAGAAGAUGUUUCUAGUUCAGCAAGAGAAGCGGUUUGCGCAGCAGUUCUGCAAAGGAAUCAAACGGGCUCAAGUACCUCUAUACUAUUUCAACCGAAUGGCCGAAUUUGUCUGUCUGCGAGAGGUUAUUGAGUUGGCUGCCGUUACCAAUGAAUGCAAAGAUUUGCUGGCCCAACUGGGGUACAAUUCUGCUGAGGAAGCAGAGGCGAUAUUGAGGGAUGAUGCCCCGGGCUCCAUGCUUAUUCCUAUGGAUAGACCCGCAAACACAUAUAAGCUAGAGCAGCUAUCGCUAGAGAUGUAUGAUGAGGCAAUGUGGACAAAGAACAGAAACCAACUUAUGACCCAUGCGCCAAUAAGCAAGGCGGUCACUUCGCGAUCGCCCACCAUGUUUGACAUUACCAAGCUGACUAGUAUAGUGGAUGUGUUUGCUAAUGUGGGGUGUCUGCAGAAAUCGCCCGAGAUUGCUGCCGACGAGGAUGUUGUCAACGCAUUCUACCAACGCAUACUAGCUUCCAGCACGUAG